GGUCUCUUGCUGUCUCCUCCUCUGUCCUGUCUCAUUUCCUCAGUCACAGGAAGUGUUGGCGCUGUACAGGUCUCGCAGCAGUCAGUGUGUAGCCGCACACACAGUGCAUACAGCGCGGCCGAUGAGUGGGAGUCGCACAGAGCACAGCACCCAGGACGCCGCGUACCGGACACACACUGCCCGCAGCCCGCCUGGUGAGGAGGCGCUGUGCCCCCAGGAAUUAAAUCUUGAAGUUCUUUGAAUGAAGAAGCACAUAAUUUAAGCACAUGUUGAAGUUCCGGGAUACUGAUGUUACCUGAUUCCGGAUAAUAAAUUGAAGAGAUUAGCAACGUGUAUCAAACAAACUCCAGAUAAUGCUGCUUAUGACUGACUUAAAACUUGUGACGUGUCAUUUUUAUUGAGUAUACAGUUUCGUAAUAACUGGACAAUAUGGGGUGUACUGAGCACUGAUAAUCAGUUGGAAAAAUGCGUAUCUGCUAUAAAUGACAUGAGGCACAACAGAUGGAGCAGGAAGGAUAGCCUCCAUUUAUUAAGUGGUUAAGUUGUCUUCAUGCACAAAACAACCUCCAUUUUCCAAGAGAAUGCCCAGGAGAGGGUUGUAUCUCCAAGGCAGGAUCCGUUGGUUAUUAGUAGGGCUUGCUCUGGUUUUCAGUUUAAUGCUGCUCUCAUAUUUUUUGGAGUGUGCACCUCCACCUGAAGGAAAUGGUUCUCUUCCUGGGAUUGGCGGAGAUAUGUACAGCAAAGAGUACUACCAGGCUCUUCUUCAGGAACAAGAGGAGCAUUACAAAAGUCGCGCAACAAGCCUAAAGCGCCAGAUUGCCCAGCUCAAGCAAGAGCUCCAGGAAAUGAGUGAUAAGCUCAGAUUGGCGCAUGAGAAGAAACUUACAGUUGCCAAUGGUGCUGGGCACCAAGAAACCAAAGAGCAGGCUCCUAAUGACCUACUUGAAUUUCUGCACUCACAGAUUGACAAGGCUGAAGUUGUGGUGGGUGCAAAACUCCCUAGCGAAUAUGCAGUCAUUCCCUUUGAAAGUUUUAAUUCCAUGAAGGUUUACCAGUUGGAGAUGGGGCUGACACGCCACCCAGAGGAAAAACCCAUUAGAAAAGACAGGAGAGAUGAGUUGGUAGAAGUUAUAGAAGCUGGCCUGGAGGUAAUUAAUAAUCCUGAUGACGACGAUGAGGAACAGGAGAACAGAGGAUCUGAUAAACUGUUGUUCAGUGAAUCUGAUUUUGUUGAAGGUUAUUAUCGAACGGAGAGGGACAAGGGGUCUCAUUAUGAGCUGUUCUACAAGAAGCCAGAGUCUGGAAAUUAUCAUCAUAUCACUUUAUUCCGACCAUUUGGGCCACUCAUGAAAGUCAAGGUGGAAACACAAGACCGCUCCAGGACAGUUGUUAACUUCAUUGUCCCACUGUCUGGCAGAACGGAAGCCUUUGCACAGUUCGUGCAGAACUACAAGGAUGUGUGUAUUCAACAAGAUAAGAGGACGUACCUAACUGUUGUAUACUUUGGGGAAAAUGGCCUAUCAGAAGUUCAGGAUAUUCUUAAGAAUGUAGAAAGUGAGACAGACUUCCAUAACUACACCCUAAUCCCACUAAAGGAGGAGUUCAACAGGGGGCGUGGCCUGGAGGUAGGCGCUCGAGACUGGGAUAAGGGAGACGUGCUGCUUUUCUUCUGUGACGUUGAUAUCUAUUUCACUGCUGGAUUCCUAGAUACCUGCCGGCUGAAUGCUGAGGCCGGUAAGAGAGUUUUCUAUCCUGUUGUAUUUAGUCUCUACAAUCCUGCAAUUGUGUACGCCAAUCUAGAGGCUCCUCCGCCUGUGGAGCAGCAACUGGUUCAUAAGAAGGACUCUGGGUUCUGGAGAGACUUUGGAUUUGGAAUGACGUGUCAAUAUAAAUCUGAUUUCCUUACUAUUGGUGGAUUUAAUUAUGAAGUCCGAGGAUGGGGCGGAGAGGACGUCCUUCUGUACAGAAAGUAUCUUCACGGGGAGUUGAUUGUGGUGCGCACGCCGGUGCCUGGCCUGUUCCAUCUGUGGCAUGAGAAGCACUGUGUGGAUGAACUGACGCCAGAGCAGUAUCGCAUGUGCAUUCAGUCUAAGGCCAUGAAUGAGGCGUCCCACCCGCAUCUUGGCAUGCUAGUAUUCCGGGAGGAGAUUGAGGCCCACUUGCGCAAACAAGCCUUUCGGACCAAUAACGAGCCAGAGGCAUGAGGCAUGAGCCAUGGGAGACUUUCUGAAAAUAAACUUGUCAAAGAGUGGAAAUCUGCACACAAUAUGGGCCUUCUAAUGCAGCUGUGGGACUUAUGCAGGGCUUACUAAAGUCCGGGAGAAGGGAAUUGCCUCUGGCUUGUGCAUCAGUCAUUGCAGUGGUGGCUGGACAAUUUUGGACAAAUGGCAGAAGCAAUUUUCUAGAGCAAUAUACAACUGUUGCAUGUCUGUCCAGCACUAAAAGGGGUUCAUAUGUUCACUGUCAAGAUUAGGCUAAAGGCUAUUUUCAGUUAUCCGUAACAACCAUCUAUCAUGUCGUAAGUCCGUAUAGAAAAGGGAAUAAGCGGGUACUUUGGAGCCUGGUAAAGUGCUGCUCCCAUGUGCCUUACUACUUCAGAAAGGGCAGAAAGAGUCCAUAUACUUAUUACAGUAAACAGACUUGUGUGUUUUUGUUUUUAUAAUAUACUUGAUAAUGCUUUUAUUUUCCUGUGUUUGUACUUUUCUCCUUAAAGGGGGAGUAUUGUGCAACCCUGAGCACAUUGUUAUGCUUAGGGUAAUCCUCAUGAAGAAUCUGAUAACUUGGGACAUAUCUCCUAUUGCAGUUUCUGUCUGUGCACAUUGGCAAUCCAAAUAGAUACAAAGGGAGCUAGAUGCCGCUGUUGCAUCCCUCGCAGCCCGGUAUCGGCCCUAAUUUGCUCGGAAGUGCUCACAGCCCUAUGGGUCGGCAAGCCGUUCUGUGCAAGUUGGGGCUGCUGUAGAGUACGGCUGUUGCCACGCUAACUCGCGGGUGCAAGAGACACUCAACUAAUUGGAUUGUCCCUAUAGAGUCCGCACAGUGAUUUGUUAUAGUACACGGUAGGGGAGUUGGCAACAUAUUGCAGAGCAAUAUCAGUAGCACAUAACCUGUAUCGUGUGUAUAAGUAAGCUGAUUUUUUUUUUUUUUUUUUUUUAUUAAUUCAGUAAAACAUUAAGUCAGUUGUUCUGCAGGUAGAACCAUAUUGACAGGUAUUAGUGAAUGGAAGAUGUCAUACUGAUUUCUCCACCGAGAGAAGACUUUGUUGACUUGAAGCUUUUUACUCCCAUAUUCGAUGCUGCUGCCACUGCCUCAGAGGUUCAGUGGCCUUACCAGCAAAAGAACCGCAGAUCAGUCUCUUUAUGUAGUUAGUAACUUUGCCUUGUGCAUAGUCUGUGUGUAGCCACCUAUAGGUACAGUCAUGUUUGCACUAUUUAUGUUCUGUUGGAGGUACGGACCACUAAUACAAUAGUGCCUACACUGGCUAAAUUGUAAAUUGAAGCCUGUAACAUUUGUGCUGGUCUUGGCAAGCUGAUGCAAGAAAAGUGCUAUUUGGUGAAAAGAAAAAAAAAGUUUAUUUUAAAUGAUAUAGUAAAUUAUCCCUAACAAGUGCUUUUAAACUUAGAUUUGUAUCCAAAACAGCAGCUGGAAUUGUAGAGAACACAUUCUGUAAAUGUCAGUCAUGUUAAGAAAUUGUUCUAUCUGUAGUGCUUUGCUACACCCUGACCUGCCUCUAUACAGUGGUGUCCAGGGGAAGAUGUAUCGGAGCUUACCAGGUCAGUGUUAUGUAUAGUGGUCUAAUAGCAAAGACUUGGGGGUUUAUUUACUAAGCUGCUUGCUGGCAUGUUUAUGGCUGAAAUUUAAAAGGGAAAUUAUUUUAGUAUCAAAGCAUGGGGUUUUGUUUUUUGUUUUUGCAUUUAAAAGCAUUGUCCUUCUAAAUUUUGGGCUUAGAUAUACCAGGGAGCAGUAAAUAAACCCCUAGGAGUUAAACCUACCAUUUGGGCAGCUAGUGAUUAUGUUGGCUCACCAGCCUGUACUAUCUUCUGUGUUCUUAUUCUGAUCAAUGAAGACUAGCCAGAAUUUGGGCAGCCAGUAUGAGGCUAAUGGGUAUAUUCAAUUAAAGUCUGAUACUUUCCGACAUGCAUUUGUCGGAAUGGAGCAGACGGGACCCAUUCAAUGAACGGCGAUUUAGCUGCUCACCACAACCUCAAUCUGACUUAAAAAAAAAAUGCAGAUUGAGGAGAGGAGGGAGCUGAGAGGAGGAGACAGGGGAGAGCAGUAACCCAGCGGCUACAGCAGCGUAGCAGGAGGAUGGAGCACCGUUGCCAGACCUAACGGCAGCGUCCACCCGGCUCUAGCAAGCAGGACCUCACUUGCUGGAGCUGGGUUGCCGCUGCUAUGAGCGGCGGUGGUGCCCCAUCCUCCUGCUACGCUGCUGUAGCCGCUGGGUUCCUGCUCUCCUCCGCUCACCUCCCAAUAGCUGCCGGGCCAAACCUGACAGUCAGAUUUACACUGUGACCGGGCCAAGCCUAUUUUUUUUUUUUUUUAAAGUCAGAUUGAGGUUGUCUGAAACGGGGCCGAAACCUUUCUGAUUUGACCCUGUUUCUGACAGAAGCACGCGGAUCGGCGGCUAUACCGCCGAUCCAUGUGCUUUCCGACAAGUUGGAAUUCCCGACCUGUCGGGAAAACUCUGGGGUCUAUUGAAUAGGUCGGAACCCCUUCCAACCUAAAAAAGUCUUUCCGGUAGACGGCAGCUUUCGACUGCAAUUGAAUAUAUCCCUAAAUAGUUUAUAUAUCAUUUUUAGUUUGGCAGCUCACACACACAGUACAGUAGUUCAGGUUGCUUAGCAUGUAUCCCCAUAAUACUAGACACAUUCAGAAGUUGUGUUCUGUUAUAAAUGCCAGUUGCGUUGUUGACUCCUGUCUUCAUCGUAGUUGCUGAAUUAGAUAAUGUCUCCAGUAUUACGCCCAUUUCAUGUAAAGAAAGUGAGGCUGUUGAAACACUUCUUCAGGAUCAAGUUUGUGGACAACUCCAAAUUAUGUAUCGUAUGGUUUCCCACAUACAGUAUCUGGUUUGAUAUAUAUAUAAUGGUGCAGUUACACAAUAUAGGGGAUUGUUACUGUACUGAUAUUGCUGUUCAGAUAUAUUCCUCUUUCCUAUUCACUGGGCACAUUGAAAGUAAUAAAUAGUGAGGACUGGAAACAUGUAAAGGUGUUGUAAUUUAUUUUAAAGUAUUUUUAAUUGGCUUUGUUUUACUUGCCUCACUGUUAUAUACACCCUAAAGCCAGAGCACAGACCCACACUUACCAGAAUGUUUUGCUUUUUAGUAGAUUGAUGUAAGAAACAUGCAGACAAAGACUAGACUCUUCUGUGUCGCCACAAGUAAUUGAAUGAAUAAAGUUUUUUUUUUCCAA